CGGUUCGGAUUUUGCUCCGCUCCCCCGGAUGCGAGUGGAAACCCCGGUGCCCAACCCAUCUCCGCCCGCUCCUUCUCUCCUUGCGGCUCAGCUCAAAUUUUUCCGGUUUUCCUUUCGCGCUUCCUGAAAAAGGCCAUGGCUUCAAAGAAAGUUAUAGCAAUAUGUCAGUCAGGGGGUGAGUUUGUCACCAAUAAAGAUGGGUCAUUGUCUUAUAAUGGUGGUGAGGCUUAUGCAAUAGACAUUGAUGAACAAACCAAGUUGGCUGAUUUCAAGUCUGAAGUAGCGGAGAUGUUCAAUUGUAGCAAGAAUAAGAAGAACAUGGUUAUCAAGUACUUCCUCCCUAGCAAUAAAAAGACGCCUAUCACCAUCUCUAAGGACAAGGACUUGCAGCGGAUGAUUAACUUUGUUGGUGAUUCUGGGACCGUGGAUGUUUACAUCAUGUCAGAGGAAGCUGCUGCUCCUCGAAACACCCCCAACAAGCCUGCUAGCAGGUCAAGCAGAACAGCUGUGCCAAAAGCUGUCAAUCCUGUCAUUGCACCUGUUGAUGUUCCCAUGGCUAAUGGUAGUGACCAGGGUGAUGUAGACUUACGGAAUGAAACACCUAUAAUCUGCACUCCAAUUAAUAAUCCUGAUGAGAAGCAGCCUAAUGCUGCACAACAGUGGGAGAACUCCAUCACUGGCGUUGACCAAAGGUUUGGUAGCAUUAAUGAAUUCCGAGAAGCUCUUCAUAAGUACUCAAUUGCACAUGGGUUUGCAUAUAAAUUUAAGAAAAAUGACAGUCGUCGUGUGACUGUCAUCUGCAAGGCUCAAGGUUGUCCUUGGCGGAUAUAUGCAUCAAGACUGGCAACUACUCAAUUAGUCAGUAUCAAGAAAAUGAACUCAAAGCAUACGUGUGAAGGAGCUGCUGCAAAAUCUGGACAUCGGGCAACAAGGGGUUGGGUGGGAAGUAUUAUAAAGGAGAAACUGAAAACUACCCCUAACUACAAGCCCAAAGAUAUUGCAGAAGACAUCAAGCGAGAAUAUGGGGUUCAACUGAAUUAUUCACAAGCAAGGCGGGCAAAAAAGAUUGCUAGGGAGCAGCUUCAGGACUCCUUCAAAGAUGCAUAUGCUCUGUUACCAUUUUUCUGUGAGAAGAUAAAGGAGACUAAUCCUGGCAGUAUUGCAACAUUUUCCACAAAGGAAGAUACAAGCUUCCAUCGUCUAUUUGUCUCAUUCCAUGCCUCGAUAUCUGGAUUCCAACAAGGUUGCCGACCCCUCCUUUUCCUUGACAGUGUUCCUGUGAACUCUAAAUACCAAGGGAAUUUGUUGUCUGCAACUGCUGCAGAUGCUGAGGAUGGUAUCUUUCCUGUAGCAUUUGGUGUGGUAGAUGCUGAGAAUGAAGACAACUGGCGCUGGUUUCUGCAGGAACUCAAAUCUGCAGUAUCUUUAUCAACUGAAAUUACGUUUAUUGCAGAUUUUCAGCAUGGUAUAAAGGAGGCAUUGGCUGAGGUAUUUGAUAAAAGCUACCACAGCUAUUGUUUGCGUCGUCUUGCUGAGAAACUUAUUAGGGAGUUGAAAGGGCAGUUUUCUCAUGAAGCAAGGCGGUUAUUGGUCAAUGACUUUUAUUCUGCUGCUCAUGCACUCACACUUGACGGGUUUCAGCUCGCAACUGAGAACAUAAAAGCUAUUUCUUCUGAUUCUUACAAUUGGGUCUUACAAAGCAAACCAGAGCACUGGGCAAAUGCAUUCUUUGGGGGAAGAAGGUAUAAUCACACAACGUCAAACUUUGGGCAAUCAUUCUAUAGUUGGGUGUCAGAGGCAGGGGAGUUGCCUAUUACACAGAUGAUUGACGUACUACGAGGUAAAUUGAUGGAGUCUAUCUACAAACGCAGAAUAGAUGCUGGUCAAUGGACAACAAAGUUGACUCCAUCAAAUGAGGAAAAGUUGCAGAGGGAAGUGGCAGUAGCGCGCUCAUUUCAGGUGUUACUUACACAGGGUAACGUAUUUGAAGUUCGUGGAGAAUCUGUUGAUGUUGUUGACAUUGAUCAUUGGGACUGUAGCUGUAAGGGGUGGCAAGUAACUGGUUUGCCAUGCUGCCAUGCUAUUGCUGUUUUUGAAUGCAUUGGUAAGAGCCCAUAUGAUUUCUGCUCCAGAUACUUAACAACCGAGAGUUACCGCUUAACAUAUGCAGAAUCAAUUUACCCUGUCCCAAAUGUCGACCUACCAGACCUAGAUGAAUCAGCUGAAUCAGUAGUAGUUGUGACUCCGCCACCAGCUAAGUCCCAGCAAGGUCGGGCAAAGGUAAAGCCGACUGAGACCAUAGACAUGACAAAGCUGAAGCUCCAAUGUAGCAAGUGCAAGGGCCUUGGCCAUAACAAAAGGACUUGCAAAGAACCCUAGUGAAGGUGUUGGAAGUGUAAGUAGGUUCUAGUCAUCAGUGUUUUCCAGUUGUAUAACUUCGGUACUUUUGGUUGACUAUUUAGGCUUGUGCAUGUGUGUUAGGUCUUCUCCGUGCGGUAUGGAGGGUUUUACUUGAGCGCCACUGCUGCUUUUUUCUUAAUGUUUAUUACCUUACCUCUAUGCAUGGAAUUUAAUUGGUAGUUUGUAAUUUUAAAUUUCUGUUUGCUAGCAUGUCCUAGGAUUUACAUAAAACUUUGAGCAGGUUCUUUAUUCUGCUUCCCCAUUAUAAAAGGUUAAAUGUUUU